AUGUUGGGAGAGGGCAUCCUGCGAAAGCUUGAUCCCAAGAUCGAUUUGAGAGGAGUGAUGAUGUCUGCUGGUGUAGUUGGACCGUACGAGAUAUAUCACGGAGCUUACGUGAUGGCCAAGGAACGGAAAAUUCUACCUCAGAAGGAGUCCUGGCUCGAUAUAAUGAAGACUGGCUUGACGAAGUGUGAAGCAGCAGUCGACAAGUGCAAUUCUAAUGGGCCUGGAAAGCCUGCUAAGCCCGGUGGAUAA